UUGCUUUGCUUUCUCCCGCGAUCGCCGACGCACCGUCUAGUCUAUGUAUAUUUCACGUUUGAGCUCCGUUCGUGUGCUUCUCGGUGUAUUGUAGUGGUGUCUGAUUCGGUUGAUCACCGCCGUCCGGCUAGAUCCGGUGAUCGACGGUCAUCUGAGUGGGGAGAGCUGAAAGUGUAGGAGCCGGAGCUGAAUUUGGAAAAAAGGAGCUAUGUUGGAUCUUAAUCUGAACGUUGUCGUUUCGGGGCAAAACGACGUCCAAUCGUGCGGCACCCAAAUGGACGAGUCGGGGACGUCCAACUCGUCCGUUGUCAAUGCCGACGCGUCCAGCACCAACGACGACUCGUGCUCCGCACGCGCCGCCAGAAAUGACGCCGUCACGAUCUUCAACUUCGGUAUUCUCAAGGUCAGGGACGGAGAAGAAGAGGAAGACGACGACGUCGUCGUGACCAAGGAACUGUUUCCGGUCACUGGAGGCUUGAACAAUUGGCCAGGGCAGGGGGAGUCCUCUUCAUCAUCGCCGUUGGUGAGGAAGAAUCUGAUGGAGCUUGGGUUCACUCGUGGCAGCGCCGGAGAGGUCAGGUUGGUUCAACAGAAGCAACCACCACAACCAGCUGCGCCGCCGCCGCAGCAGCAGGCGAAGAAGAGCAGGAGAGGACCCAGGUCUCGGAGCUCUCAGUACAGAGGGGUCACCUUCUACAGAAGAACUGGUAGAUGGGAAUCGCACAUUUGGGACUGUGGGAAACAAGUGUAUUUGGGUGGAUUUGACACUGCUCAUGCUGCGGCUAGAGCCUACGACCGCGCUGCGAUUAAGUUCAGAGGAGUUGAUGCUGAUAUCAAUUACAACCUCAGUGAUUAUGAGGAUGAUCUGAAACAGAUGAAGAAUUUGACUAAGGAAGAAUUCGUGCACAUACUGCGUCGGCAGAGUACUGGCUUCUCGAGGGGCAGCUCCAGAUAUAGAGGGGUUACACUCCACAAAUGUGGUCGAUGGGAAGCUCGAAUGGGACAGUUCCUCGGAAAAAAGUAUAUAUAUCUUGGGCUAUUCGACAGCGAAGUAGAAGCUGCAAGGGCUUAUGACAAGACAGCAAUCAAAUAUAAUGGAAGGGAAGCGGUCACCAACUUUGAGCCAAGCACAUAUGAAGGGAAGAUGAUGUCUGAGGCUGGUAAUGAAGAUGGCAAUCACAAUCUUGAUCUAAAUUUGGGGAUAUCUCCCCCCUCAUUUGGCACGGGUCAAAAGGAAGGCGAAGGGCGACUUCAGUUCCACUCUGGCCCUUUUGACGUGCACAAUGGAAAAAGGAUGGAGCACAAUGUGAACUUAACGAUGAGUGAUCCACCUUUUAAAGGGCUAGUAAUGACAUCAGAUCACCAUCCACCAUUGUGGAACGGUGUAUAUCCUAGUUAUUUUUCCAAUCAGGAAAACGCAACAGAGAAGAGCCUUGCAUUAGGAUCUCAAGGACACCCCAACUGGGCUUGGCAAAUGCAUGGACAGGUUACCCCAAUGCCACUGUUCUCUACUGCAGCAUCAUCAGGAUUCUCAUUUUCAGCUAACGCUCCAGCCGCUGCUGUCCACCCCUUACAACCGCCAAACCCAACAGCCCUCAAUCUCUGUUUUACUUCACCAGCCGCGGCCACCACUCGCACAUCUCAAUGAAGCACCACCAAGCGAAAGCCGCGGCAGACUUUCCCUCCGAAUUCAGAAACCAACCAUACCAACGGUGGCCUUCGGAUUCUUUGUAUGAUCCAAAUAUAGAUUGAUACAUACACUGCAACUCGAUUUCGGACUCCUUUUCCUGUCGUUACCACACUCGGUUGGACAUAUCAGUACUGUUUUGUCGAUUUGUAUUUAUUCUCAAGAAAUAUUUGUAACUAACUUGAGCUCUCAUGUAAGAGCAUCAAGUGGAUAAGGUGGGAUCUCAUCUAUCUAAAACUACUUUUGUUCAGAAAGAAAUUGUUAAUAGUCAGCUCUUUUAAGGUUGUUUUA